AUGGAAGGUUAUCAGCAAUGUGCAGUGGGAUUAAGUGAUGAUCCUGAAAUUCAACAAAUUCUUGAUGAUCCAGGUAUGUAUUUAAUACUUGACAAAAUGCAAGAUCAACCUAUGGCAAUACGUGAACAUUUGCGAAAUCCAGUUAUCGCACAAAAACUUCAAAAAUCAAUGGAGACUGAUAUUAUUGCUAUUCACCAUAUUUAA